AAGUCUCAAGCGCAGUACGUUCCAGUUUUAAGCACUCAAACGCUGUGCAAUUUUUUAAGCGCUCAGAAAAAAAUGGCAAAUGUGAAAUAUGGCCAACAAGUGUUUCCAACUACAUCUUGAAAUUCAACAAAAAAUUAUAAGCACAAACUAUUUUUGCAAAACAACUUUGAUGCAUUCAUUUGAUCGCCAUACAAUUUUUUGGAUAGCUUAAUGCAUCCAUUUUUUAGUUUUAUUUAGUGUUUAUAAAUCUCUGAGCUCUAUAGUGAAAUAUAAAUGUUAGUAAUUUGAAGAAAACUUUGAAAAUUCAAAGUACUUUGAUUUUCGUUUUCUCAUUUUUGAUUCGGUUCAUUUGUACAACUCCGCUUCUAUGUGCUAGUUAAUCUGAGAGAACAACGAAUUUUUUCCCAUGUUUGUUAUUUAAUCUUACCAUGCGAGUAGUAACUGCUGUCUGAACUAAGCUCAUUGUGGGCGAAAUUUGUUAUGAAAUGGCUCCGAUUAUUUGAGUUAAUAUUUACUGAAGUGAAUUAAAACGAGAAAAGAUGUCGUCUAUUAGCGAGAGACAGCGACUGAUGCGUGAGCGGUGGAUGAGUCAAGCUGGAGGUGGUGACUCACUCGGUCAAAGUGGUCUCACCCGUACCAAAUCAACCAACGAUGUUCUGGCUGCAAUCGAACAUGAGAUAAAGGAAGCAAAAGAACGCGAGCUAUAUCACAAAAGGCGACAAGAAAAAUUCUCCAAGCAAUCGCAACGAGAUAAUCAAGCAAACAGCGAUUCUCCACAGCGAGGCAUUUCAGGUGCUCAAAAACAAGAUGAGCUCAACUCUCCUCAAUCGCCAGGGAGUUCUUUCUUAAUCUCGCCCUCAUUAUCACACGAUCUCUACUCGGCUCCGAAUGGGUUUCGGCACAGUCCCGAUACUGGAGACGACAGCGCUUUCGGGAGUCUUGCUGAUCCCGAUGACACUCUCGAUGCAGUUUCGGUCGACGAAGAAGCUUUCGCUCUAGAAUAUUUGCCGCUGAAUGCUAAGCGGUCGUUUUGGGAGCGAAAACACCGCGAGGCGAUUGAAUCAGAACGAAAAAGAAUCGAGUUUGAGUCGCAUUUGGAAACUCUGCGACGAAGAAAAGACGAAUCACGAUGGUGUGAACAAAAGAAACGAUCAAACUCGUUUACAUGUCUGCUUGCUUCAGACUCUACGGAGGGGAAUUUACCCACGUGCGAUUUCGUGGAAAAGGAUCGGAAAAAAUCGGUUGAGAACGAACCCAAAAUUUCAGUUACUGGCAUGAAGUCUCACUGGAAUGGUCGGGUUUCCAGAAAAAGCCAUGCGGAUUACCCGGACGACAGCGAAAGCAGUGAAAGAACUUCGGGGGAUCAAAUUGUGAAAAGCGAUGUGACCGAUUUCAAGAAACGACAGAAAGCGUGGUCGAAAGAACAUUUGCAUGCAUUGGAGCAGGCGUUAAUGCGACAGUCGAGAAGCAGAAACAAAUUCUCAAAUCCCUAUAAAAAUGACCCGCAGAGAUACAAUAAUGACGAAAUGCGAAGAUCACAAAGCUAUUCAGCGCUUGACAUAAAAACUCCAAGCUCCGAAGGCGAGUUCCGUAAAAAGAAACCCAAAAUGCCGCACGAAAAACUGACAAAGGGCGGGAAUAUAGUCGUGUCAAUUCCAAGCUCGGAACGCGAAAAGCUGCUGAACUGUCAAUAUGCUGAAAAGGAACAGGGAGAAAAAAGACGAACGACACAUGAAUCCGACUUGAAUUCGGUUAGCACCUCAAGCGCUGAAGUCACUCCCAGGCCGAAACUGUACACUAAAAAGAAUAGUACAAAGCAGAUUUCAUCUGGCGAUCUUCGUUGCAGUACUUCAAGUGAGAAAAAAAGACCAGAUGAAGCCGACGAUAAGCAGCAAAGCAGCUUCAAAAGUAGCAGAGACCGAUCUGCAAAGAAAGAGCAUCGACGAGACCAAGACGCGACAACAUCGACCGUGUCGUCGGGACGCACCUGCGAAAAGAAGAAGUUAGAUGAAGCACUUAGGAGGCGAGACACGAACUGCAGCGACAAAAGAAGAGACUUAGAUCGAAACUGGGACCAAGUGUGCCGAAAAAGUGAGCCCAAAAUCGAUUUCUGAGAAAUAAAAAAACCAGCAAAAAACUUCAUCGUCGGAGCUCAAAAAAUCAAUUCAUGACUUCAAUAGAAUAACUGACCAUAGAAAUCAUUAGAAAAAUUAAAGUUUACAUCUUUUACUCAUGUUUCGUCAAACCAGAGAGUGUAAU